AUGGCAGAAAGUAUUGUAAAUACAGCAAGGAAAGAAGCAGCUUUCGAAUCAGAAUUCACAAGAAAUGGGUGAGUGUUUUGUUAUUAACAUGAAUUUAUAAAUAUCCUAUAGCAAAUAUUUAUAGUUGGAAAUAUUUGUAGCUUUCCAGUACCACUCGGACUGAUUACUACCCUGAAGGAAUUUAGUUUGAAUCCUGUCAAAACUCCAGAAGAAAGGUGAGCCAGAUUAUAUAAACGGCUGUGGUGCUUAUUAUGGGUAGGUAACAAGUUUUAUAUUAAACAUUGUUAGCUACAGCUUUUUUGCAUUGUUAGCUACACUAUUUUCUCGCAUAUGUAUGCUCAAGAUGUGGUAAAUCUAGCACAUGAACGUGACAAAAGACAUCCUAAAUUCGCAGUGUGAGCAACACAGGCAAAAGAUAUGGUUUAUUUUUGUCAACAAAAAAGGAUCGAUGUGAAAACAAAUUUAAACUGGUAACAAAUCCAAACGAAAAGCAUCAGUAACUGUCUUUUUGUCACAUCCGCGUAUUAAAUUUAGCUCAUUGAUAGAUUCGCCAUUGAGGCUAUAACAGUAUAUUCCUCUUGCUGUCAUGUUGUGUAUCGAAUAUAGCGAUUAAAUUCGUCACGCACAAAUAUACCAUUAAUGUUUUUCUGUUCCAAUGUCGAACUUCGAGAGGCAAGCACCCCAAAAAAGUGUACACCAUAGCAAUUUUUUGACAGUGUAAUAUGUGGCCCUACAGUAUUAUAUGUACGAAGGAAUUACACCGUUUUAUUACUGUAAGGCCCUGUUCACAUGAUCCCAGGGUAAACAACUGCCCUGCGACACUGAUAUCUUUUGUUCACAUGAACGAAGCUAGCACGGGUCAUGCCUAUAAAUACAUUACCACAAAGAUGGCGGACGUGUAAUGUGCCACCUAUAAUGCCACCUAAAAAUAAAAAGAAGACUAAUCCAUCCGACACUGAGGAUGAUGUGAUACCUCUAUCAACUCGAGCGUCAUUGAGAAGCUAAUUAAAACUCAAAUCGAUCACUUGAAGUCUCGUUUUGACUCGGCCAUUUCCAAACAGGCUGAGUCUUUGAAAAUCUACUUUAAUUCUGCCAUUGAGAAUCGAAAUCUCAAGGUUGAUAAGCUCAGCAAAGAUAUAACGAAUCUUGAAAGCAGUUUAGAAUACAGUCAGCAAGACAUAUCGGAAUUAAAAGUCAAUAUGGCAACCCAACAGGAAAGCCUUUGUGGUAACUCAAGAGUUAUUUCUAACCUUGAUAGCGAAAUGACAAAGAUAAAGUCCAAACUGACAUAUCUUGAAAACCAAAGUAGAUGUAACAAUAUAGAAUAAAUGGAAUCCCAGAAGAUUUCAACGAAACAUGGGAACAAACCGAAGAGAAAGCUAGAAAAAUCUUGAGGGACAGACUCAAUCUCGAAAUAGAACAACAGUUUGAACAAGCGCAUAAAACAGGUCGUAAAAGGAAUCUUGAUGGUUCCACCCCCUCUAGACCUAGAACAGUGAUAUGCAAGCUUUAUGAUUGGAAAGUUAAAAAGUCUAUCCUAAAAUCUGCAAGACGAUUACGACUGACGUCGACGUGA